AUGUCUGCUGCAGGUGACCGUCGCGAGAUCGUCAUUGUUGGUGGUGGCAUUAUCGGAUGCUGCUCUGCAUACUUCCUCACAAGACACCCCUCCUACGACCCAGCUCGACACAAAAUCACACUACUCGAAGCCUCCGAUAUAGCAGGCGGGGCAUCUGGAAAGGCAGGCGGACUACUUGCGCAAUGGGCGUAUCCGAACAACCUCGUGGACCUCAGCUUUCCGCUGCACGCCCAACUUGCAAAGGAACAUGAUGGGAAGAACCGAUGGGGCUACCGAGAGACCAAUUGCGGCCAGCUGGUUGUCCGCGGUCGUGCCAUGACAAACAAGACCGAGAAGAAGGGCGACUCGGGUGAAUCUUUGCAGAAGCGCAGCGCGGCCGCCAUGUCGAAGCUCAAGUCGUCUGGUAUUCCCAAGGAUCUGGAUUGGGUCGAGCCUGACCUGUUGCGUGCUUAUGAGAGUAUGAGUGGUCCGGGUGAGACCGCUCAGGUUCACCCAUACCUCUUCACUACGUCUAUGGCGAAGCUGGCCGAGGAGAAGGGCGCGGAGAUUAUUCUUGGACAGGUUACGGAUAUCGCUCGUCCUGAUGGCGCAGUUGAAUCAGUUAUCUAUACCGAUAAAGCUUCGGGGGAAUCGCGCACCAUCUCUGCUACCGACGUGAUUGUUGCUGCGGGUCCUUGGACGAGCAAUGUUCUCCCCGAGGCUCCUAUUGCUGCUAUGCGCGCACACAGUGUUGUCAUUCGGCCGACAAGGCCAGUGAGUGCCUACGCACUGUUCACGAAUAUCGAGAUCCCCGCCAACUUCAACCCUGCUAAGAAAUCUCGGCCGACGGUUGCUGCGCCGGAGAUCUAUGCGCGUCCUGACGAUACUGUGUACGCCUGCGGUGAUGGAGACAAGGUGGUUCCGCUACCGCCGACAUCUGCAGAAGUCGAGGUCGACCAAGAGCGCUGUCAAGAUAUUGUGGAUCAAGUUGGUAGUAUCUCGGAUGAGCUGCGUGAUGGCGCGGUUGAGAUUCGCCAGGCUUGCUACCUGCCCAAUAGCACUGGCUUCGGAGGACCGCUGGUUGGUUUGACGAACGACAAGGGUCUGUAUCUUGCAUCUGGCCAUACGUGCUGGGGCAUCCAGAACGGACCUGGUACUGGCAAGCUGAUGAGCGAGUUUGUCUUUGAUGGUAAGGCCAAGAGUGCGAAGAUCGGGUCAUUGGAUCCUCGCGACCAGCUCUGA